CAUGCGCCAAAGGAUUCUGAACUGUUAGUUAUCGGACAGUGUUUCAUAAGUUUUCUAGUGUUGUCAGAGGAGCAACUCCUGUGUUGGCAAAUGCCAAAAGAGUGUCCGCAACGUGCUUGAUGGUUAAAAAACUUCCUUCUUGUCUUUGAGCUCGUAUCCGUUGGACACUAACAGGGCUUCUGAAACUCAAAUCCAGGUCGACGAGGAUGAGAUAUACUGGAGACACAAGAAGGGUGAUGAGGAGUUGGAAUUGUCACAUUACUCCAGCCACACUCACGUAAUAUCCCAAUUGGGUCGAUGUUUUAGUGAGUAGAGCUUCCUCCAGUAUAUGCUGCUACAAGUAGUUACUGCUGCUUCAAUUAUAAUCUUCCACUGGAUCACAUUUUCUUACAUUCCAUGCCGUGGAAACUCGACGUCUGCGUCAUUCUGGCAGAUGCAAAUUCUCAUCUCACUCGAUAAUCGGAUGCUUGGUUGCAGCUAAUGCUAUGGUUGGACCACGAACAUGGAUUGGAGGACUCUUUAACCGCCUAAGUAACAGAAAUGACAACAAAUUUCUUGACUACCCUUUGAGUCCUCUUCAGCAACGGAGGCUUAUGAGGCUCCAAGAACGGUUGCAAGUACCCUUUGACGAGACUCGACCUGAUCAUCAAGAAUCUCUUAGAGCAUUGUGGAAUUUGGCCUUUCCUGGUGUUGUCUUGAAAGGCAUGAUAUCCGAGCAGUGGAAGGAUAUGGGUUGGCAAGGCGCUAAUCCAUCAACGGACUUUAGGGGCUGCGGUUUUGUUUCCUUAGAGAACUUGCUGUUUUUCGCCAGGACUUAUCCAAAAUCUUUUCAUAGGUUGCUAUUCAAGCAAGGUGGGAAGAGAGCAGCAUGGGAGUACCCGUUUGCUGUAGCUGGCAUCAAUAUCACCUUCAUGUUGAUUCAAAUGCUAGACUUGUACUCUGGUAAACCUAGAUGUCUGCCUGGGGUCAAUUUUGUGAGAUUAUUAGGAGAAGAUGAAGAAGCCUUUGACGUGCUAUACUGUAUAGCCUUCGAAUUGAUGGAUGCACAAUGGCUUGCGAUGCACGCUUCCUACAUGGAGUUCAAUGAAGUUGUACGGGUCACGAGGACUCAGUUGGAGAGGGAGUUGUCUUUGGAAGAUGUCUAUAGAGUACAAGACCUGCCUGCUUACAACCUCUUGUAUCAAUAGCCAUCGCAUGUAUCCCUGCCUCAGAUCCUCUCGUGCAAACUAGCUGUCUGAGAAAGAGCUCAAAAAGUCUCAAAUACAACAGCUUUCUUGAGUCAAUCCUAUCUAUGCCGAUCUAGAAUAAUCAUCUGUAUUCGUAGCUGAAACUUGUACAUUCUUUUGAACUCUGCUCAGGGACAUACGAGGUUUAGGUUUGGUCCUGAAUCUUGGACCAACUUGUCAAAAUCACUGAUGUAUCCUCUGUCUCAAAGUGUCUGUUACGUCCAUCGACUCCUCGAAGAUGUUUUUCUCCCGUGUUUUGCUUUAUUUAUAGAGAGUUUGAACAUCAAAGCAGAGUUUAGACUGUUAGAAUGCUGAGUUAUGGCUAGUGGUGAGUUGGUCAUGAAAUAGUUGUAAGGAGAAUAUUCUCCAUGUGAGCAUAGAUCAGUCGAUGAUGGCUAAAGAUUGGGAGCAUGUCCGGGACCGAUGGAGCUCCAGUCUAUGGCUUUCUGUAAUCCGAAAAGCCCGGAAAAACCGGGAAUCCUCGCUGUUGGGUUUCUGAUUCUGAAAUGGAUAUUUCUGAAAUGGAUGCCU